CUAAGCACUAAGCAUUUAAUGGAUAUAUCAAAGCUAAAUGCAUGCUUCACAGGAAAUAGGAAAAUGGAAACGGUGUUACACUACUGAUUUUGACUUCGACAUCACUAGCAGCUUCGAAUUUCAUGUAAAUCUCAGUGCAAAAGGCUACCGUUCCUUGAUAUUCAGCGGCGAUCACGACUUAGUUGUUCCUUUCUUGUCGACUCAAGCAUGGAUAAGAGCUCUAAACUACUCCAUUCUCGAUGAUUGGAGGCCAUGGCUUGUAAAUGGCCAAGUUGCAGGGUUUACAAGGACUUACUCAAAUCAAAUGACGUUUGCAACUGUGAAGGGUGGAGGGCAUACAGCUGCUGAGUACAAACCAGAUGAAUGUUUAGCCAUGUUCUCUAGGUGGCUCUCUAAUGUCCCUUUAUGACUUUAAUAACUAAAAUGUUACAAAACUAGUUACACAUGAGAUGAUGCUCAUUCAUCUAUGACUAGUAAAAUAUCAAAUAAUAUAAUGUGUAACUAUUCUGUGUACUAAGUGUUCAACUAUAUUCUAUACCAAUAGAGAAAUUUCAUCCCUA